AACCCCCCGCAUUUGCGCCGCCCACCAUGUUUUCCAGGCGCAUUGUAGCGGCCCGCCCGCUGGCUCGAGCCAUUGUCCCCUCCGCCGCACGCCCACGCCCGCCAUUCACCCAGGUCCGGACCGCCCUGACGGACGCCGAGAAGGCCGCCGUCGAGCUGGCUGACCCGAACCAAAACGGCGGCUACAUCAACCCACCCGCCGAGAAGCGAGGAAACCGCGACCCCUACGGCGACUGGUGGGACAAGCAGGACCGCCGCAACUAUGGCGAGCCCUGCCACGAGGACCAUGACAUUCUCGGUGCGCUGGCGCUGUACGACUACAAUCACUUUACUCCCCAAUGGGGCUUCGUUCUCCUGGGCACUUUCGUUGCCUCGGUCGUAGGCCUUUGCGCAGCCGUCAAGUCCGUCUACCCGGACAAGAUCAGUGUUCCCAAGACCUACCCAGAUGGUCUCGAGGCCGAACUGGGAGGCAAGGGCGCCAUGUUGGCAAGGAAGCCCGGUGAGACUUGGUAGAUUACCGCAUGUGGGGUCAAGUCAUGUGUAUAUACCAGUUCAAUCAAGCUCUCUUUUCAUUUUGGACAUGCCCGUUGUCCUUGUCGC